ACGAGCGGCGGCUCAUUGUGAUGUACGGAGACCUGGCCUGGCUAAAGUACCACACCGGAGACCACCAACAGUCCCAGAGCUACUGGCAGAAAGUCCAGGACAUACUGGUGGAGCAUCCAAACCCAGUCACCCCAGGUCCUCCACCCAGGAGGUGUACGGAGAAGGCCUGGACCUUUCUCAAGCUCUCUAAAUCCUACUAUGACAGAGCCGAGGAGUGUUUCUGCAGAGCUUUGGAGCUACAGCCUGAAGACUGCGAAUUUAACAAUGGUUACGCCAUCGUUCUCUAUCGCACAGAACAGGACGCGCACGCUGAAGCGUCACCAGCCAUCAAACAACUUCGCCGAGCCGUGGAAAUGAACCCUGGUGCCGUCCUGCUGUCCAUGCUGGCACUGAAGCUGCUGUACUACCAGGAGCACGAGGAGGCCGACAGGCUGGUGGAGAGAGCGCUGGAGAUCGGACCCGAGGACACCCAGGUCCUCCGCUACGUAGGAAAUUACCUCCAGAAGCAGAACCAGGUGGACCGGGCUGUUGAUUUGCUGAAGAAAGCCCUGGAGAACAACAACCAAUCAGCUUUCAUCCAUCAGCGUCUAGCUUUGUGCUACAAGCAGAAGAAGAUCACUCUGCUCUCCACCAGAAACCAGCAAGACAGAGCCAAUUAUUCCAAAGCAGCGUCGGAGGAGGACUGGCGCCACCGGCCGCCGCCAGGUGAGAGGAGAACAUCUUCGGGAGGUCGCCAGUCCAGCACACAAACAGUAGAAGCUCAGCGUUGGAGGAGUCUCAGCAUUCGGCACCUGGAGGAGGCCAUCAGGCUGAAGAGCACGUUAAACCCCGCCAAGGCCGAGCUGGCUCUGCAGUACGCUGAGGAAAGAGACAUCACCAGAGCUCGGCGGCUGUUCGAUGAGGCUCUGGGAAAGUUAGAGGAGGAGCCUGAGAGCAUCCGUGGGAGCAUCUGCCAGAACUACGCCGAGUUCUGUCAGCACCACACUUUCCAGGACGACCUCGCCAUCACCUACUACAAAAAGGUUCUCGAGUUCAGACGGAGGCCCUCUGACCGGAACUUCUGCCUUAAGAAAAUGAAGCAGAUUGCAGAGCGGCGUCUGUCCAGGAACCCCGGAGACGCCGCAGCAUACGGCCUUCUGGGAGAUGUGGCCAAAGAGGAGGGGCUUCUUAAGAGGGCGGUGGAAUAUUACGAGAAAGCUCUGGAAAGGGGCGGAGACAGCGGCGAGUAUCUGUCGGCUCUGUGUGAGCUGCGUUUGAAGCUGAGAGAUUCAAGGGAGGACAAAUCCUGAAUGAAGCGCCGGUACUGGUUUGGUUUCCAGACAUCUCUGUUCCAGCUUUUCCCACAGCCUGAUAUUUACAGGCUGAUUCUGAUUAUUCCAGUCGUCAUGUAGCCUCCAUAAUCUGAUCAUAAGAAAUCUGACCAACAUAUAUUUCUCCCCAAUACUGCAGGCAGACCUGUGCAUCUGAUUUAAUUGAUGCCUAACCUUCUUCUUUUUCUGUGAAAACAAAUGUUUAACCAACUCAUUAACCGUCCCUAUAAACAACUAAUGUACAAAUCUCUCUGGUUUUAGUAGAAGACGACAUGUUUCAGCCUCGCUGGCUGUACGUUUUAGACUUGAUUUUAAAGUUUUACUGAUUACUGUUAAAGCUCGUUUAGGUCUGGUACCCGUACUGACACCCUACGAGCCUCCCCGCAGCCUUAGAUCCUCAGGCAGGUCCCGUUUAGCUGUACCAGGGUCCAAACUAAAGACCAGAGGUGACCCAGCUUUUUCCAUCCGAGCCCCUCGACUCUGGAACGACCUGCCUGAGGACAUAAGGCUGCACCAUCAGUUCACCUUUUAAAUCACUUCUUAAAACACACUUUUAUCGACUGGCUUUUUUAUGACAUUUUUAUUUACUUUAUUUUCAAAAUGUACUCGUGCGUUUAUCUUUUCAUUGUUGAUUUUAUUACCUGACUUUGCUGUGUGCUGUUCAGCACUUUGUAAACCUGGUUUUUAAAAGUGCUGUACAAAUAAAGAUUUAUUCUAAAUUUAGUAAACAAGGUUCUGGAUUAUUCUCAGUGGCAUCACACUGCUGGAGUUUGUAAUGAGCUUCAGACAGGGCUGACCAGGUAACUGUCAUGUCCAGUCCAGAGCGGUGUCAGGAACCCUGCCGUCCAGUGGGUUAGUUCUGAUCUCCGUACGGCCGGGGGACUGCACCCCUGCCCUGUGGAGUCCCUCAAAGCUCAAUUCUGGGCCAAUUUUAUUUUCUUUUUAUAUUCUCUCACUUAGUAUUUUCAGAAAAUUAUGUAUUUUCAUUUUCAUUUUUUUUUUUCUGAUACACAGAUUUAUUUGCCCCUAAAACAAAACAACCAAAGUUCCCUGUCUCCAGGGAUUUAGCGUCUUAAGGGUUCAAAGAGUGGACGGCUUUUAAGAUUAAAUGAAGUUUGAUUCUACAGGUUUCAUGUGAAACCAUCACAAACAUGGACAGAGGCUUCAAACUCGACGCAUCCGCAGUGAAAUCCAGUUUUUAUUAACUGCAACUUUUUGCAAGAACUAAAUUGAUUUUAUCUUUUCGAUAAAAACUUGGAAUGUGUGAUUCGUGCUUUUAUUACAUCCUGCUUGGACGGCGGUAAUGUUCUCCAUGCUGGUCCUAACCAAACCUUCCAAACUCAUUCCUGAAUCCAGACUCAAAACUGGUCCAGCUUUGUCAGUACUGGCCUUUCCCAGACCAGCCCCCUCUCCCAGACCAAACCGGCCCCCACAGCAAAUGUUAGUUUUUUCCUUUUUGAAGUGUUUUUGCUUGAGCCAUUUCUGACAGCAUAUCUUCAUAUUUUAACUGUUUGGUGUAUUCUACUUUUAUACUUUUAUAUUUGAUUGUAAUACAUUUAAGUCUUCAUAUUUUUUCCUGUGUAUUUUGUAGUUUUUAGAUUUCUUUGGCAUUUUUGAUUUAAGUGUAUUUUGUUUCUUAAGUCUUUUGUUUUUGUCGUGCGAUAUUCUGCCUGUGUGGAACAUCUGAGUUUCAAACCAAGUGUUCUAUGAUGCGCUUUAUAAAUAAAGUGGAUUGUAUUAAUCGGA